UCCUCCUCCUCCUCCUCAUGCUGCGGUGUUCAGCCUACUCCGUUAUUAUCUCCCGUGUCUCCUGGACUGUAUGUGCAGCUCUGACAUGUCGUGCAUCUUCCCCCGGUGGAUCUUCACCUGCCACGAGAUGUACCACUCUGACCAUGGCGUCGACUUCCCUGACCUCACCUUCCACAUCCCUGGCAGAGCUGCUGAGCUGGGCCCAACAAACUAAGUGUGAACACAUCCAUCAACACGUCACACGUCUACCUUCCCCUCCGCUCGCACAGGCCCUCCUUCAGCUACUGCAGCUCCACUCCACCCCUCCUUCCUCUUGAAUGAUGGACAGCCCUCCUAAACUGUCUGGUGAGACCCUGAUUGUGCAUCACAUUCCCCUGGUGCACUGUCAGGUGUCAGGGGGGAGACAGGGCGGCUGCGGGAGCUCACUUAAGAGGAGCAAGGCCUUCACCCCACCUGAGAACCUCGGUCUGAGUCGCACCACUUCCCUUCCCGAGAGGGACAUCCUCCAGAGGGAUGCUCUGCUCUACAGCAGCCUGAUCCAGACCUCCAGUGACUCCUGCUCCUCCCACAACAGAGGAAGAGAGAGGAAGGGUGGCGGUAAAGGAGGCAGCACGGCGAGUGAUGAUUCAUCAUUGACUUCAAGCAAUUCAGAGGACCAGCUGAUCACAGCUCACACUUUACCCAGGGCGAAACCGAGGAACAGGAAUCCGUUUCGUCAGAAUCCGUUCUUGCUGAAUACCGAAAAUGACAAUGACGAAGAGGAGGAGGAUGAUGGUGACAACCUCAGCGGUUACCUUGAGGACUCAUCCUUCCACCUCCACAGUGACACCAACUCUGCCCUCGAUGCUGGGAUGGCAUCCUUCCACCUGCACGACCUCGGCUUCGCUUCUGAGCCCUUCCUUCUGCACAGCUCGGUGGGAGGAAGCCGACGGGAGUCCCUGAGGGCCGUUGCUUCAGAUCUGUCCAACCACCUGGAAGACCUGAACAUCUUAGGUCUGGACAGCCAGCGUCGCCUCGGGAGCAGCGGUUCCAACAUGUCCAUGGAUUGUGGAGAGCAAGACUGGGGCGAUGAUGAAGAAGAUGAAGAUCAUCAUAUGCGCUGCGGCCGAAGCAGUAAGACCGGCUCGUACUCGUCAAGCUCCUCGACCCAACACUGCUCCUGCUGUGUAUUGUCUCAGAACUACCCUCAGCACUUUCCUGAAACCUUCUCUGAGCCGUUUACAGCGUGUCAGCAAGGCUACGGCAGCGACUCGUCCUGCAACAGCUCGGACGGCGUCCUCGUCAACUUCAGUGCCAUUUACAACAAGAUGAACAACGGCAUACCGGAGAAGCCACCGGCCCCCGGACUCACCAACCUCAACAGCUCCACCGAGCACUCCUUCACCUCGUCUGUUUCUGACCCAGCAGGACACCAGCGAGACUCGAGUGGAGGGGCCUUCUAUUUAGAUCUCCACACCUCCCCAACCGAACCUCCCAGAUCACAGCAACAACCCUUUUGUCUCGGCAACACCUUCCCUCUGAUCCGGGAACCACACCUGUCCACCUCCUCCACGUGCUCUUGCUCUGUGGAGCACCAGGGGGCUCUGGACCUCGACGCCAACUGCAACUCCUACCACCCGCCACAUUCUGGCUCGUCCGGAGACCUUGCAUCCUGUCUGCAGAGCCAGGCCCGUCUGGUUGUCGCCACCCAGAACUACUACAAGCUGGUCACCUGUGACCUUUCGUCGCAGUCGUCUCCGAGUCCCGUGGGCUCGUCGGUCAACAGCUGCUCCGAUGAGCACAGCAAAGGAAGCCCCACCCCGACUCAGCCCAGCGAGUACUUCCUGUUCAGACAGCAAGCUGAGCAGGACGGUGUGGAAGAGGAAGAGGAGGAGGAGGAGGAGGGAGAGUCGUCUAAGGAAAAUGAUAAUGACGACGAUGAGGAGGAGGAGGAUGAGGUGGAGGAGACGAAGAAUCACCAGGCAGAUGUUGGGGCUGAAGCUGCUCCGGCUGUGAUUGAGGGUCAGGUGUACGUCAACACCUCCCCUCCUGUGGGUGGCCGGGCCCUUAUCGGAAGCGGAGCCUCUUCGGGAACUCGUCCACGUUCACGCAGCUACGACCGAAACCUGGACCAGUCUCCGUCUCCUCGGCUCGGAUCUCUGGAGCGGAUGUUGAGCUGCCCCGUCCGGCUCAGUGAUGGCGCCGCCCCGACCCCGCCUCCACCCCCCCGCGUCACCUCCUUCGCAGAGAUCGCCAGGAGUAAAAGAAGAAACGGAGCUACGGGGGGGUCGCCGUCCAUGAAGGCAGCCGCGGACCUUUUCUCCUCCACUUACUCCACCCACUCGCACUCCUCAGUGGACUUCUCUCCAAUCCUGGAGCAGCGUGCGGAGGCCGACAGUCAGAGCCUGUCGCCGGCGCCCUUCACCAGAUGUUACAGCCAUGGCAGCAUAGAGCGACACCUGGAGGGGGCGAGGGAGACGCGGGCCAAAGCUGAAGGGGGCGUCUCCAGCUCCUCAGACACUCCUCCGCCGGUGGUCCGGUACACCCUGGACCAGCGGCCCACCACCCUCCCCAUCCAGCCCUUCACCUUCCACCACCAGUUUGCCUCUAAGCCCCCGCAGCCCAAGCCCCUGCUGCCCCUGCUCACGGGUUACGUCUCGGGGAUGCAGGCCCGCUCCAGUUCUGGUUCUGGAUCUGGUUCUGGUUCUGGCUCUGGUGGUGUGGUGGGGGAUGAUGGUGAGGAUGCAGCUGAAAAUGUUCACUGUUACCAGGGGGCUCUGGCCGGGGAAGCCCCUCCCCCUGGAUCAGUUCGUCCCUCGCCUCUCGGGAGCUACUCCCCGGUUCGCCUCAAGGGGGCGCCCAGCUCUGGGACCUGCUCCACCUGCAGCCCCAGCCCCCAGCCGCCCCACAGCCCCUCCUGCCCACUGUCAGCCGGCUUCAGCCCCCUGCACUCCCCAAAACAGGGCGGGGGUUCAGCACGGUCACCGUCGACCCCUCCGCCUCCAUCGCUGGGCGUGAAGAGGGGGGCGGUGCCACCGAUGCUGCCGGCGGUGCAGGGACACUGCUUCCACCGUGGAGCUCCGACCAGUUUACCAGCGCUGCACAGUGACAUGCUGAGUCCACUGGGAUGUGUGGACUCUGGGAAACACGGCGAGGGAAGCAAAGGCUCUGGAGUCAGGGCACAGAAUGCUCACCACCUCUCUCCUCAAGCCCUCAAAUGGAGGGAGUACCGCCGCCGAAACCCACUGGGGCUGGAGAGGGUCUCCGGCGUAGGAUCGUCUGUCCUGUCCAGCAGCACUGACACCCGAAGGGGCGGGGGGACACGGCCUGCCAGGCGCAACGUGUUCGAUUUCCCAGCGGCGCCCUGUGGCUACACGCUGGGACGGAUUAAUGUCGGACAAUCAGCUAAGCUCCAGCAGAGCUACACCGAUUUCCUGCCGGACUAUUUCUCCAUGACCGAGAAGCCGCCGGAGGAGUUCUGCCUCUCCCCCGACGCCUCCUCUUCAUCGUCCUCCCGCUCUUCCUCACAGUCCCACAUCACUGUGGACCUGUCGCUGAAGAGAGCUUUGGUGAAAGCCGUGAACACAGCAGUGGAUCUGAUUGUGGCUCAUUUCGGAACCAGUCGAGAUCCAGACGUGAAGGCGAAGCUGGGGAACAGCUGGGUGAGUCCCAACGUGGGGCACCUCAUCCUGAAGUACCUGUGCCCGGCCCUGCAGGACGUGCUGCAGGACGGCCUGAAGGCCUACGUGCUGGACCUGAUCAUCGGGCAGCGGCGCUGUCAGCCCUGGAGCCUGGUGGAGGCCUCCACUCAGCUGGGCCCGUCCACUCGCGUCCUCCACAGCUUGUUCUCGAAGGUGAGCCAGUUCUCCGAGCUCAGCAGCCACAGCAUGAGGAUGAACUCCUUCAUCUUCGGUCUGCUCAACCUGAAAUCUUUGGAGUUCUGGUUCAAUCACCUCUACACACAUGAAGAUAUCAUAGUGGCACACUACAGCCCGUGGGGUUUCCUUCCCCUGUCGCAGGGGGCCUGCCAGCAUCUCUUCGAGGAGCUCCUCCUCCUGCUGCAGCCGCUGUCGCUGCUCCCCUUCGACCUGGACCUCCUGUUCGAGCCGCACCUCCUCCAAAAGGGCCAGGAGCACCUGCGUCGCAAGGAGCAGCUGUGCUCUGCGGGCCAGAGCGUCGACCAGUCGGCUCGCUCCACCUUCCAGCUCAUGCGAGGGUGGAGCACCACCGUGAGCGAAAUGGUCAGAGACUCGAGCGGCGAGCUGAAGAAGGAGAGGGCGGGGCUGAGGCGGGAGGGAACGUGGCCGAGGAUGGAAGGAGCCAGGUCCAGAAGGGAGGGGUGGGGGUUCAAAUCCAGUGUGAGGAAGGAGGGGGAGGCAACGGAGAGCAUGACAGCUGGACCUGUUAGCAGACAGUCGAAGGUGGAGGUAGGGUUUUCCAAUCUGUGGAAGGAGAGGGGGAUGAGUGAGGAGAGGGUGAAAGGUGUGGGCCAGGAGAGCCAGGGAGAAGGGGAGGAUGGACAAGAGAAGGACGGGAGGAAGACAAAAGAGAGGGAUCCGGCUGAAGAAGGGCGUCAGUUGCAGGACAGACAGGCGGGGUGGUGGUACCAGCUCAUGCAGUCCUCCCAGGUCUACAUCGACCAAUCCACGGAGAAGACCAAGUUCGUGAAGACCGAGAAGAGGAAGAGGUCGUCGGAGAGACGCCAGGGCCGGCUCCCGCCCACCAGGGAGGGCGUGGUGGAGGGGGCGGAGUCAAGCCAAGAAGGGGAGGGCUGCAGGAGCAGGAAGAGCAACAGCAGCUCCAGCGAGGAGUCGGGCGGACCCCGGGGGGGGAGACCCUCGUGGAUGGGCAGCCCCCCGGAGUCUGUUCUCAACCAGGAGAAGGAGAAAAAACCUGUGGAGGCCACGGGCCCCGGGGCCCCGGCUGCAGCCCAGCUGGAGAGCCCCUCACAGGGACAGGGCCUGCGGUGGGGCCGGCUCUUCGGAGCGAGUCUCGGUUCUCCUUCCAGAGCGGAGGCAGCUGAGCAGAGGGCCAGAAGUCAGAGGAGCAGACCUCCGUCAGGUUGGCUCGGUCUGGACAUGUCCGUCCUCGACCUCGUGGCCCAGACGAUCGGAGCCGGAGGCAGCGUGAAGAAGACGGAGCCUCAGACUCCUCCCGCCCAGAGCACACCCCCCCCACCCAGGACGACUCACCCACCUGAAGCCAAACGACAGCCUCUGUGUGAAGUCCGGGCUCUGUGCCACCACAUCGCCACCGAGCCCGGCCAGCUGAGCUUCAACAAGGGAGACGUCCUGCUGGUCCUGAGCAAAGCUGAUCCCGACUGGCUGCUCUGCUCCCUGGGCUCCACGCGGGGGCUGGUUCCCAUCAUCUACGUCACCCUGAACAGCAUGGACGACAGCCAGGACGCCGCUGGUCUCUGCUGAGCUGCAGCCGAGAGGGAACAGAGGAGAAGACGAAGGCAAACAGCUCCGGACACACGUUUAAAAAUCUGCUGUUUGAAAAAGGGAAAACUGAAAACAAACAUAUGGCCAUUGUUCAAACGUUGUACAGACAUAUGCAAGGGAAGCAUGCAGCCUCCAACACGGACUCCAAGGCUUCAACCGAGACCAGUACGCAUGCAAACAUCCAAACAAAACAACCAAAACACCCGAUCGACAAACCGAAACCCAAAGACUCUGGAAGACGCUCCUCUCUCUCUCAGCUGUGACACAAGUUUUAAAACCCGUGUGAACAACAUCCAUCUUUACUUCCAACUAAACAAGGAAGGCCGACACACGUAUGAUAUAUAUAUAAAUAUAUAUAUAUGCUCUGCACCACGCCUAGCUGCACUUUGCCGUACCGUCUUUACUUUCACCGCGCUGCGCCGCACUCUGAACACAGUUUGGUUCGAUGUCCUGUCGCUUGCUUCGUGCCGACUGACGACUUUAAAUCACGUAGAAUCUGCGAAUCCUUAUUCUUUUACUUUUUCAGGGGAAGAUUCAAGAUGGUUGUAAAAGCUAAACUUGUUCCACCGCUGCAGACGUGUUUGUUUUCGGCAAAUUAUUAUUAUUAUGAUUAUGAUCAGAGGAUAAAACCUGGCUGCAGUGUUUUUAGACGCCUGUUUAACUCGAGUGAAAGAGUUUUUUUAUUCCACCUCUGUGGUCCCUGAUCACAGCUCCUGUUUCUGUGGAGAAGAAGCGAUGGAUGUUUCUUCUUCCUCUCUGCUCAUAGCUGGGUCGAGCAAAUGGCUGAUGUGGUUUUGGAGCAUUUCAACUUUCUAUCGCCCCUAAAAUCUGAUUUCUAAUCCAAUCUGAAAACACUAUCGAGUAAAAUGCUUCAGUGCAGUUUGAUCAGUCGGCCUUUUUUUGUAAAUGCUAAUUUGACUUCCCGAGGCAGGUAUCUAAAUGGACAGAAAGGGGGGAAGACGUCCAAUGAGCUGCGGUGAUGUCUUUGCACGUCCCCCAAGGAUGUUGUGUUUUCUCCCGUCUGUUCAACUACUGAACACGUUUCCUCGAACCUUGCUGAAAGGAUAGAACGAGAAAGAAUUCAAUUUAGAGGCGAAUCCAGGAUUUUUCUUUAACUUCUUUUAACAUUGAAAAGUUAUUUUUGUCAUUUUCAUCAAGUCCCGAGCAAUUUAAGCCAGAGUCGUUAAUCCUGGAAAAGACAGCAAGGAAUUAUCAGUUGAAAUGAUCGAUGCACUCUCCUGAGUGUGAUUCUGGUUUUUGAAAAAGUAUUGCUAAUUACUUUUUGCAUUUAGAAAAAUGGGGUCGGUGAUCUUAUUUAUGCCUUAAAGCGCUUGAGGCCCAAACACUCGUCUUGACGUUACAGUUUAUUUUAUACAAACAUCUAAGUGGAUGUUUACUUGACUUCAGAGUGUAGUGGAGAAGCAGAGGCGUGUUCUGUGGUGAUACUUUUUGACGUCUAAAGGGAAAGCCGUCCUGUGCUGGGACGUACACAGUGUAAAAUGUGGCCUUAGGUUCCUAAUGAGUUGACCGUGAAGUACAACUUAAGGCAAUAGAGUGUAAACAGACGCCCGGUCCAAACAUUACACAUUUAAAAACAGGUGAAAUCAAUGUACAUUUAUUAAAUAAAUGAAUGCUUGUGUAGUUUUUGAAAAACUUACAUGGGAUAUAAUUCUUCCAUUUUGUUUACUUUUUGUUCCUCUUGGUUGCAUUACUGUACAGUUUUUAUUUGUAUGUAUAAUUUUUUUUUUUUUAAACAUUGAAUUUCACCAAAAUGAUUUUAAUAUUUAAUUCUUGCUGAAGUGUAAAUAUAUUUAAAGCCUUCAGUGGUUCAUUUCUGCCAUAGAUCUAUAUGUGUACAUGUUAUUAAUGCAUUUCCUGUUUCAUACAGGAAGCGAGUAUAAGCUUUAGAUUCAGUGCUAACAACCUGCGGACUGGAAAUGAGGUGUGGCUGGUGGCCGGAGCAGAGAGACACGAUCACACCAGAGAGACGAGGAGGAGAAGACAGAUUCGCUUUUUGAUUUGAGUUGUGAGUCGUCUGGUUUCUCUCGCUCUGUAAAUACCGUCAGUGACCCUGCUCUUCUCUCUGUGUCCAGGAUAUAGGAUGUGUACGACCUUAUCAAACUACUGUGGAUGUUCAAUAACAAAGUGCUCACGUGAUCACA